AAUCUAAAUGAAAUGGAGGUGGAUAUAUUUACUACGCGUACCAAAGAGUUAUCCUCCGAGGAACUAGUUAAGCUCGAGGAGCAAAACAAGCGCUUGGUGCCUGAAUUCAAGGCGAAUAAACUUGAGAUCGAUGCACAGCGGCACUGGGAUUUGUUCUAUAAAAGGAAUGAAACACGCUUCUUUAAGGAUCGCCAUUGGACAACUCGUGAGUUUCAGGUGCUGCUGGCGGAGGCGAGUUCAAGCGAGAGACGCACCCUCUUAGAGGUGGGCUGCGGCGUUGGCAAUCUGGUUUUUCCACUGCUGGAGGAGCAGAUCAAGCAGGAGAAUAGUGAACAAGGCUUCUAUUUCUAUGCCUGCGACUUUUCACCACGUGCCGUGGACUUUGUGCGAGCAAAUCCCUUGUACGACACCAAGCAUAUAACCGCCUUUCAGUGCGACAUAACAACGCAACAGGUGCAUGAGCACAUCGAAGCAGCCAGCCUCGAUGUCUGUACCAUGAUCUUCGUGCUGUCUGCCAUACAUCCCGAUAGAUUCGUUGACGUCGUCAAGAAUCUAUGGCAAUUGCUGAAGCCUGGCGGACUGGUACUGUUCCGUGAUUAUGGCCUUUACGACAUGGCACAGCUGCGCUUUAAGCCGGGUCAUAAGAUAAGCGAAAACCUUUACAUGCGACAGGAUGGCACGCGCAGCUAUUACUUUGCGCAAGAAGAGCUCGCGGAGAUCUUUAGUCACAAUGGGUUCGACGUGCUGGACAACAACUAUGUGCAUCGACGCACACUCAAUCUGAAGGAGGGCAUCGAUGUGCCGCGCAUCUUUCUCCAGGGCAAAUUCCGCAAGCGUUCAGACAGCUGAUGCUGCUCCGAUGCCUAAUGAUAUUCUGUAUAACUAUGUGUGUAUGAGAAUCUACUAGGUCAUUAUGUACAUCACUAUGUAUAACUGAUGAACCAUGUGUAGACAACGCUGAGCUAGCUAAUUAUUUCUGUUCAUAUAGCUGAUUAUCCUCACUUUUAUUAUUAUGGAUAUAGCUGAUGAUUAUCUUUUUAAUUAUGUCGGUAAGCUUAUAUUUCACAAUUUAAUAUAGUUUGUAUAAUUUAAAUAAAUUUUCAAUAACAUUU